AUGGGCUCCCAAGAGUUUCUUGCAUCGUUCGACACCGAGUGUGAGCAAUGCGACAUGCAACUAGUACUUUCCGCGAUUUUCCAGGAGACCUUUGAGCUGCUCCUAUCGAACAUAGAAGAAACUAUCAGCUCGGUCACCUGUUUUCGUACCGGGCGUGCAUGGCCAGAGGCCGGCUCGGUUGGGGGAGCGACCAAGCGACUUGUCCGUCCCAGCUCUGGUUUCGAAUAUUUCACGCCGCGCGUGCAGGGUGAUCGAUGUGAAGUUGGCAUGAUGCCGAUAUGGUCUAGAGUCAGCAUCGGAGGCAUUGCACACCUUGCAGGCCUCGGGCAUUUUUUUGUGGAAGAGUGUGGGAACUCUUGA